CCUCUGCUCGUAUUUCAUACAGACAGCACAAAUUCAGCUCCAGAUCUCUGGCCUUUUCCUGCACAUUACAACACGCUCGCAUUAUUCUUGAUUCCUCCAGCCUCGUGAAAUCUCUCUCAACUUUGGAUUUCAUCUUGAGUAUCAACAUUCAUCUCUUCCUAGCAUCCUGCUUGUCAAAUUUAUUGCUCCGUAACUUACUCUUUCUCGGCCCGACUCCACGAUGUCGUCCCACCAGCACCAGCGUCCCCUUGAAAGAAUAGCCGGCGUGGAAGACGACAAAGGAUACCGCAUCGGGGGCUUCUUUCCCGUGCACCUCGGCGACGUGCUUGGGAAUAGUGAAGGUAGAUACCGCGUCAUCCACAAGCUGGGCAACGGCGUCUCCGCGACCAUCUUCACCGCCGGCCCUCACAUGACCGAGAUGAGUGCUUUAGUCUUCUUCGCGCGCAUGGUCGCGCCCCACCCCAACGUGUUGACGUUUUGCAGCUACUUUACCGUAGAGGGUGUCAAUGGCAACCACAUCUGCUUCGUGUUCCCCUUUCUCGGGCCGACCGUCAAGUCUACUAGACCUUCGGCCGCCCUAUUACGGUGCCGGUUCCCCAUUGACUUUAAGAGAUUCAAUCCCGGCCUGCUCUCGGGCGACAUCUGCAUCGCCGACUUUGGCCAGUCGUUCAAGAUCGAGAACGAUAAUCCCGGCAUGCCCCCGAUGAAGCUCUCUUUCCUCGCGCCCGAGUCGUUCUUCAAGUCGCCGCGGUUGCCGACAAGCGACGUAUGGGGCGUGGGCUGUGUGAUCUUUGAGCUCUACACCGGCCGCGUGCUCUUCCCGGCCCUCAACGAGUCUGUACACCAAGUGAUUGCGGCGAUUGUCGAAACUUUAGGCCCGCUGCCUGCGGAUUGGAAAGGCUACUUGGGUCAUCAGGCCGGCCCCGUCCUCGGGGAUGAUGGAGAGCUGGUCAUCUGGCCCGAGAGGGACUUUUGGUUUGACCCCAACCUCAUGCCGAACCGGCCUCUCGAGGGCCAGAUCGACUACAGCUGUUCGUGGAUUCCAGAACACAAGAGGGGCCUCUUCCUGCAGCUUCUGACCGGCGCACUGUGCUUCAAUCAUACCGCUCGGCUCACGCCCGCAGAGGUUGCGGCGAACCCUUGGUUUUCCCAGACGGACGAGCCGGAAGAGGGCGGGCGGGAAGAUGACGAAGAGAAGGAGGACGAAUAG